AUGAGUUAUCAGAAUGCAUCAUUUGAGCUAACUAUGGGGUCACAACAUGGGACAAGGAAUCCUCCAAGAACAGAAGGAACCAGUGCAGAUGGAGCCUAUGGGCAAACCUUGCUGGAAAACCAGCUCAGUGUGGGUGACUUUGCCAAAAUACAGCGUGCAUUUGAGUCUCCAGAGCCAAGACAAACCAUCUUGAUGUCCAGAGAUGUGUUUGUGGAGAGAAUGAAAGAAAUUAUUGGUUGGGGCACGCACCAAGACUAUCAGGAGCUCUUUGACAAAGUGGAUGUGACCCAAGAGGGCUUCAUUAAUUGGGACAAGCUGAACUCAUUUAUCCUGGUAGCGCUCUAUGAAAAAGACGAACGAGCAAAGGCUACCGUGGUUCCCCAGUGGAAUGCCCUUGAAUUCCUCCCAGUGAAACACAAGGACACCAUCCAAAAAGUAAUUUUCUUAAAAAGUUCAAGCCGUUAUCUGACUAUUAGUAAGGAUGGUUUACUAGGAUUCUGGGGAGAAAAUUUAAAGCUGCAAGAAAUGCUUCCCAUCACUUCAGAUGCUACCAAGCUCAAACACCUGUGGGUGACAAGCCUCGUUUCUCUGGAAAAUGUAAACAAGAUGGCGGUGGCUUUUACCAGUAAAGAGAUUUGUUUCUAUGAUCUGCUGUCUAAAGAAGAAUUUCCUUGUCAAUACAAACUCCAAGGCCUGAAAGCAACACCAAUUUGCAUGGAUUAUUGGUGUGACCCUCUCGAUGCCAAUGAAUCAAUUCUUGCUUUGGGGGACAUAACUGGGAAGGUUCAAGUGCUUUCUUUCACAGCAGCCUUGCUCUCCUUAUUCGAGCGGCCUGCGAGCGCCUGCGAAGGCGAAGACAGCACCGUGGCCGUUCACUGGUCAGAGCUGCUCGCCGGGCGCCACAGAUGUUGCCACACGGUGGGGCACGGAGUUCACCAUGGAGAAUGGGUACGGCAAGUUGCUUACAGUGCAUCUUUAGAUGCUAUCAUUUCCAGUACAACCAGCAAUACAAAUUCCGUGGUGCUGGCUUGGAGAGAGAAAUCAAAAAAGCAUCUUAAAGUGACAUCCUUCAACAUUGCCCAGGGCAUUCAUGCUUUUGAUUACCACUCUCGGCUCAAUUUAAUUGCAACUGCUGGCAUUGACAAUAAGGUUUGUCUUUGGAAUCCCUAUGUUGUCUCAAAGCCAGUGGGUGUCCUGUGGGGUCAUUCUGCCAGUGUGAUAGCUGUCCAAUUCUUCGCUGAAAGAAAACAACUCUUCAGUUUCUCUAAAGAUAAAGUUUUGAGGCUCUGGGAUAUUCAACACCAGCUGUCCAUCCAGAGGGUAGCUUGCUCUUUCCCCAAAAGUCAGGACUUCAGAUGCCUCUUCCACUUGGAUGAAACUCACGGACGCCUUUUCAUCUCAUUUAACAACCAGCUAGCUGUGUUGGCCAUGAAAAAUGAAGCCAACAGGAGGGUGAAAAGCCAUGAGCGAGCAGUCACUUGUGUCCUUUACAAUUCCACCCAGAAGCAGGUAAUCAGCUCUGAUACUGGGUCGACUGUUUCCUUCUGGAUGAUAGACACUGGGCAGAAAAUCAAACAGUUUACCGGUUGCCAUGGGAACGCAGAAAUCAGCACCAUGGCCCUAGAUGCAGAUAAGACGCGGCUCUUGACUGGCAGCACAGAUGGGGCUGUAAAGAUAUGGGACUUCAAUGGCUAUUGUCACCACACACUGAAUGCUGGCCGAGAUGGAGUUGUGGGAAUUUCGCAGAUCUUGAUUCUACAGAAGACCAUACUGGUUACUGGCUGGGAAAGGGCAAUUACUGUCUUUCGACCCCUGAACUUCAACCGCGUUUCCAUCGAGCCUGAGGAAUGGAAAGGAGGAGUACAGCACCGUGAUGACAUCUUAUGUGCUGCAUUUUUAUCGCCACAAACUCUGGCUACAGGAAGUUAUGAUGGAGAAAUUAUACUGUGGAACAAUAGCACAGAAAAUGCUUACCAUGUCCUUCACCCUGAUUACCAGAGGCUGCUAAAACCAGAAUGGGACAUGGAGGCUCAUAAGCUUUUCAGUGCAGGCAAGAGCAGCCCCACAAGCCCCACGGCGGACCAGUCCACACUGGGAGCCUCCUUCUCUGAGGGGGACCCCGAGGGCAAGAAUGCUGUAAGGAAGCUUUACUUCCUGGAAGCAAGGAAUAACACUGCAGCAGCGGAAGGAGCUAACCUUGUAUCUUGCGGAGGAUCUGGUUAUGUCAGAUUCUGGGACACAUUCAAGAAGCAACUUCUGGCUGAAUUUCUGGCUCAUAGUGGUGUUGGAUCCAUCAUUAUGUCUAUUGAUAAGCUGAAUCGAUACCUUGUCACAGGUGAUUCCGAUGGAUGGUUAAAAAUCUGGAAUAUAGAAGGAUACUGUCUUCAUUCCAACAAGAACAAAGUCACUGAGCCUCCAGCUCUGAUGAGAACCCUUCGACCUCAUGAAGACCAAAUAAGUUGCUUAGAGAUGUGUGAGCUGGGUAGCCGACCACUGAUCAUUUCCUCCUCAGCCGAUUGCAGCAUUUCUGUAACUGAUGUUGGCAGUUCCCCUAUUUGGACCUUUGGUCAGGAAAAGCAUUGGCAAAUUGAAAAUCGUAUUCCCGUUCCAAAAGAAGACACUAAUUUAACGGAAAAUGAAAUUCAAGAGAAAAGCCUAGAGAGAUUCCCAUCGCUUCCUACGGGAGAGUCAUGCUCAGACCUAGCUGAACGUUCUUUACUUGAUCAGAAAAACAAGGAAGACUCAGCAUCUGAUGUCAGUUCCUUAGAGGAUAUAAAUUUAGAUGUGAAAUACAAAGGAAGGAAUUUCCACAAGAAAAGAACACAUAAGCCUUACCAUUCUGAAGUUAUGCAAAAAGCAUCCAGGGCAUUUAGGUCAUUAAGCAUCAGUGUCCUGAAGGAGCUGCCCGAAGUGCAUCCACCUGCCUUUCUUCUCGACCAUGAGAAGUACUUUCGGGAAGAGCCAGAAGAAUGGCCCCAAGUCCCAGCCCUUCCGCCACUUUCUGAAACUCUGAAAGCUGUAUUUGAUGAGAAAAAUCUGUUCCCUAAAGAACUUCUGGGUCGUGAACGAAGAGCCAAGCAAUUAUGUCAGGAAAUAAGUAGUGAAGUGAAGAUAAAAAGAAAUAAGAAGUAA